AUGGCGCUGAGACGCGAGUGCGAUCCUCGGCUCGGCCAGCAGCUUGUUCCCCCUUCGCUUGUUUGCUUCCGCUUCCGGUAACUGCUGGCGGCUUUCUGCCCUCGGUGGCCAUGGCGGGGAGCCGGCUGGAGACAAUUGGGAGCGUGUUUACCCGGACGAGGAAUCUGAUGUGUGCUGGAGUGUUGAAGGAGAAGCCGCUGUGGUAUGACGUAUAUGAGGCCUUUCCGCCGCUGCGAGAGCCUGUCUUCCGAAGGCCCCGUUUGCGAUAUGGCAAAGCCAAAGCCGACAUCCAGGACAUCUUUUACCGGGAGGAUCAGAUUCGAGCGAAAUUUUUUUCUGCCUAUGGAUCUGGUCAGAAAGCUUUGGAUUUGCUCAACCCAAACUUCAAGUCUACCUGUCAACGGUUUGUGGAGAAGUACAUGGAGCUGCAGGAUCUCGGAGAGACAGAUGAAGAAGAGUUAUUUGUGAAGGCGGGGAAGGCUUUGCUGGCAGAAGGUGUCAUUUUAAGACGAGUAAAAGAAGCAAGGACUGUCGGCGUCAGACCCCAAGCUCCGUUGGAAGGAAAACAGCCUCAGGAAGAUGUCCAGGAGCAGCCUGCACAGGAGCAGCAGGAGCCAGGGACGGCCACCCCUCCUCCCGGAGACCCUUCUGUGCACUGAGCAUGCUCACCACCCGGGACACUGCUGAGCUGCUUGGACUCCCUUGGUCUCCAUCUCAGGCAUGUCUGCCUUCCCAUAGUUGCUGUUUCUGGGUUGUCAUACAUCUCAGAACCGUGAUCUGAAAGCGCCAGUUCUGUGAACUUCUAUUCAUGACACGGUUAAGUAAAGGGCUCUCUGCUUUCAAAGUCACCAUCACCAGGGAACCUCUGCAGGCGCCUUGUGCUGGUGUGGACUGCCACAUCUGAACCUCAACAUUCUUCUCACCUGGGUCCCACAGAAUUCUACUUGCCCACGUGGUGUGGUCCCUUGACGAAGUGUUUCCGUCUGCAGGUGGUGGUGUACUUUUUCUGUAGAACUAUCGAGUGCAGCUCGAGAGGCCCAGCAGAGGCCCAGCCAGCUGCAGUAAGACCGAAGACCUGCCCGACGCGGACGAGGACCAAAACCAUAAGUUGGACGUCAUGAGUUACGUGUGCUGGAGAUGAUUAGCAUGGGCUUGCAGCUCGUAGGCUGCUUAGAAAAUCUUUGUUGGAUGAAUAAAUGAUCCCAUCUUGUUAAA